AUGGUCUAUUCGGCUUCGAGAUUCAUUUACAACAUCUAUUUCCACCCACUUGCAAAAUUCCCCGGCCCCAAAUUGGCCGCGGUCUUGAAUAUAUGGUACGCCUAUCAUUGGUAAGUCUUCUCAAGAUCUCAUUCAAUACAAGAGUCACUCGAUGGGCUUACAAUCUACAGGUUCUCGGGGAGGUAUCCUUGGGCGAUUGAAGCUGCGCUGAAGAAAUAUGGCGACGUAUUCCGCAUCGGCCCCAAUUAACUCGUGUUCUUCACCCCGGACGCCUUUCACGACAUCUAUCUUCCCUCUCACAAAUCUCUGGAACUGUUUCCAAAGACUGAUUUCCAGAACCGGGGCAAGAAUCUAGGUGGUAUCGUGUGGGACGAAGAUCCUGUUCGGCAUCGAGAAGUUGCUAAGAAACUUGCUCCAGCCUUCAGUAUGAGAAGAAUCAGGGCUAUGGAACCAAUUGUGGUUCACUACAUUGAGGAAUUCAUUUCCAGAAUGAAGAAACUGGGAGGAGCGCGUGAGGGUGUAGGACUUGCGAAGUGGAUGAACUGGUUAACGAUGGAUACGAGCGCGGACUUGGCAACUGGUGAAAAGAUGAGUCAAAUGAGAAAUCGUAAGUUUCAAUGUUUCUGAAUCCAUUGUGGUUGAUUAUUGACGCCGUGAUUUGUGUUUUCCAGUUAAGGAUUCUCUCGAUUUGGACGUCCUUCUGGCAUUUAACUGGUUCGCCACCGUUCUUCAAGUAUUCAAGCGCUUUCCCCUUCUCAUGCCUCUACAAUACUUCUUCGCCCCGUUUUCUAAACUCAUACCGUUUUUCCGCAUGGAGGCAAUUGCAGAGCAGGUGUCAGAAAGCGGAUUGAACGUCGGAAUUCUAUCGAGCAUUUGGACUUUUUUAGUUUUGCAUUGACUGAAAAUGAUAAAAUGCCUAAAUCCAAAGAGGAGUUCAGUCAUCUGGGGGCUGUAAGCUUACAGAUUAUGUUUGCAGGAUUUGGAACGAUGAGUGAUUGGUACUACAGCACCAUCAUUUUUCUCCUCCAAAGUCCGAUUACCUAUAAUAUCCUGAUUGCGGAAAUUAGGGAGGCAUUUGAUAACUAUGAAAGCAUUACCUCCGAGAAACUUAGUAGGCUCGAAUAUCUGAAUGCGUGCCUUCAAGAAAGUUUGAGGUUAUUGCCUAGUCUCAAUACGGGAUUGGCGAGACUGAGUCCAGGGGCGAAUGUUGAUGGUGUCUGGGUUCCUAAAGGGAUAUGUUUCCUCUAUCUCGCAAUUAUUCUCUUGACUUCUCGGCCGUGACAAUACAGAAAGCUAAUGCAAAUGAUAAUGCAAACAGACACACGUACAAACCUCGGUCUUCACUGUCUCACGCAGCGACCGAUACUUCCAUGACCCUUUAACGUACUCUCCACAACGCUGGCUCACACCAGAUCACCCGUUAUAUGAUGAGAAAUUCAAUUAUGAUAAUUUGAAAGCUAUGUUUUCUUUCUCCCUUGGUUCGCGGGGAUGUGUGGGAAAGGAACUGGCAUGGAUGCAGGGACGACUAUUUUUCUCAAAGUUACGGUGGAAUUUUGACGUUAAGAUGGGAGAAGGCCAAGAUGUGAACUUGGAAAUGGAUUUGAUACACUAUGGCUUCUUCGCAAAGCCUGAGGUGAACGUAAGAUUCAUUUCAGUGGAUAGGAAGAGUUGA